AUGCCGUACCAAGUCGACGACAACGCGGGAGACGUUUCAGAUGCCGCGUCUGAGAAUGAACAAGAGCCCAACAUACAGCCUACAAACAACAACAGCGACAAUAACAACAACAACAACAACAACAACAACAACAACAACAACAACAACAACAAUAUGCCUGAUCGCAACGACAACGGCAACUCCACUGGUAAUCAGGGAGAAGCUAAGAAGAAGUACGACCCUAAAGAUCCUCUACGCCCAAGGAGGAAGAAAGCACGCAGGGCUUGCUAUGCCUGCCAGAGAGCUCAUUUAACAUGCGGAGAUGAACGCCCAUGUCAGAGGUGCAUUAAGCGUGGUCUGGCUGAAGCCUGCCAAGACGGUGUACGUAAAAAAGCCAAGUAUCUUCAUGAUGCACCCCCAGAAGCCCUCAGGCCUGUUCUCGGUCCCAACUAUAAUCCGGAACCUACACCGACGCGGCCCAAUGGCGAGCGACAUCCAAGUGGCCCCUCGGAAACUGCUUCGACAGCGGGAAGUGCCUUCUUCCCCCAAAACUCUGCGACAUCCUUUCCGGUCUAUUCAGGGGCGCAGACGCCUGUCGGGAUGCCAGAGGCCAUGUCCUUCCCGUCACCCGUUGUUUCGCCAUCCUUCGCCCACAAUAACAGUAAUGCAGCACGGGCGGAUUCCAUGCCGGGAAUGAUAUCACCCCAAAUAGCCAACGAUCCCAUUAAUUUCAGCACCCUCUUCGACCCCAGCAACCCAGCCCUUUUCAACUUUGACUUGGAAGGCCUCAAUUUCGGCAGUCAGUAUGGCGCCUUGGAGUUCGGCAUGCUGGGCCAUAUGUCCUCCGGAGCCGGAGCCGGAGAGACACCCCCACAGGACCACGGAUUAUCUGGGCCCAGCAGCGGUGAUGUUAACUUUGGGUCGGCCGGCGUCUUUGGAAAUGGUAACAGGCAGUUUGGCCAACAAGUCUAUGAUAAUGGCAUGGUGAAUGAUCUCAUCAAACUAGACCCUUCCUCAACCGGCCUCUACCAGCAAGGCAACCUACAUCAUGCGCUGCCACAGGCCUACGCCAUCGCCGCCGGCCCCAACAGCCUUCACAGCCCUAGCACGGAGACCACUGCGAGCCCGCAGCCAGCGAACUUCACGUACGAGGGCUCGCCGGGGGGCAACUAUAGCAACGUGGUGGGGACGCAGAACAUGGUCCCGUCAGUGGCCCCUCGGCCGAAGCCCAAGCCGGGCGUAUCGCAGAAGAGUGGGACUAUCUUGGGGAAGAGGCAACGAGAUGCUUCGUGGAUAUACGAGUCAGUCAAGGAGCCUUACCAGUAUUUGGCUGGCUUCCACGCCCUAAUCGCCUUCCUACAGAAGCGGUUUUCCGCCAACAAAACUUUGCGCAUUGCCAAAGCCCUAGCGAGCAUCCGCCCGUCGUUCAUAUCGUGCAUGAAGACGCUCGAUCGGAGGGAUCUGAUCUUCAUGGAGAAGUGUUUCCAGCGAACCCUCCUGGAGUACGAGGACCGCAUGCACCAGUGCCCUGCACCCACGAUCCUCUGUCGCCGUACUGGGGAGAUUGCCGCGGUCAACAAGGAAUUUGUGGCGCUGACGGGGUGGACGAAGGAUGUCUUGUUAGGAAACGAGCCGAACCGAAACGUGAACACGGGCGGUGCGCCCUCGGUUCCCGGAAGCGGUUCGGGGACGGGACGGGCGGGGCUCUCGACACCCAAGCUCUCGGCGGCGUCUCUCAACAACCAGCCCGAGGGCGAAGGAAGGCGCAAGCAGCCCGUGUUCAUUGCGGAAAUCCUCGACGACGACAGCGUCAUCGAAUUCUACGAGGACUUUGCGCAGCUCGCCUUUGGCGACAGCCGGGGCACCGUGUACAGGACCUGCAAAUUGCUCAAGUAUCGGACGAACGAAUCCGCCAACCACUCUGCCGUCGUGCCGGAAGCGACUUCCCAGAAGGACCCGCGGAAGAGCAUCCUCAGCCAUCGGGUCACGCGUAUCGACGGCGAGCACGGCAUCUCGAGGAUCGAGAAGGACGGAAAGGUGGAAUGUCGGUAUUGCUGGACGAUUAAGCGUGAUGUGUUCGAUAUCCCCAUGCUAAUCGUCAUAAAUGUGAGUUCAACCCCUUCAACCCCUUCAGCCCCUCUCAUGUUCCUCCUCGUCUCGUGGUUGCGCUAG